AUGCUCUCACGUGUUGCUGCAGUGAAGGCACCCCGCACACACAACCGUCGCCGCGUGACCGGAUCCCGCGGAAGGAGGAGGGAAGGAAGAGAGAGUGAGCCGAAGAGGCCCAACAUGUCCCGGCAUUUGUUUAAUUUUGUGAUUCUGCUGCUCCUCGUCACGACGAUGUGCUGCGCCACCUGUAGAGCUACGCCUGCAAAGGAGAAUGAUGGCAACAGUGAUUUAAGAGGUGUUCAGGAGCUGCAAUGGGUCGAUCUGUUUGUGCCGCAGACGACGCAGGUGCUGCCGAAGAAGGGGACUGGCUCAAGUGGGAGGGAUUCAUUUGUUUCACCCUCUCUCGUCAGUGCUGGUGGAGUAAUUGCUGCUUUUGCUGAAGGUCGCAUGAUGGCCGAAUAUGGCACUAAUGAUGUACCAAUUAAGCACUUUUCUUCAGAAGUUGUUGCGGAGUACAUCGACUCUGCGUGGGAAUGGCCCACUCUUGUUGAAAAGGUCAAAAAGGAUACAUGGAAGCCACAAACUGUGCUUGGUAAAGCGGGGGGAAAGGAGAGUUUGGAUGUUGUGCGCCACCCCACAACAACGAUGAAGGACAACAGAGUGUUUCUUCUUGUGGGAAGCACUGCCUUGUCCCCUGUAAAUGGGAGUUGGAAAGAGGGCAGCCUGGAACUAAAACUGGUUGUUGGUGAGGUCACGAAGCCUUCUGCGGACAGCGAGCCGAGUGAGUGGAUCAAAUGGGGCGAAGUUCAAUCGCCGGUGCAGCGGACUACUUUAGCUGCUCAAGGAAGAAAAUUGACGGAGUUCAUUGCUUCUGGUGGCUCAGGUGUUCUGAUGGAGGAUGGCACGAUUGUGUUUUCUCUGAUGGCGAUGAAUGAAAAAAAUGAUGGCGUUUACUCCAUGAUUAUUUACUCGAAGGACAACGGCAGUACCUGGUCGCUCUCAAACAGUGUUUCCCCUGCGAAAUGCGGUUCACCCCGCAUCACCGAGUGGGAGGGAUCACUUCUCAUGAUUGUUGACUGCGAGAAUGGCCAGAGGGUGUACGAGUCGCGUGACAUGGGGACAGCGUGGACGGAGGCCACCGGGAUACUUCCAGGCGUGUGGGCCAAACCCCAACCAGAAGACUCCAAGAAUUUAAGCCUGCAUGUGGAGGCCCUCAUCACCGCGAUCAUUGCGGAAAGGAAGGUCAUGCUGUACAUUCAGAGAGGGUACGCGUCGGUGGAGAAAAGGGAAAGAGCGCUCUACCUUUGGGUCACGGACAACAACCGCUCGUUUUAUUUUGGACCGGUUGGCAUUGACACCGCUGUGAGGUGGGAGUUCACCAGCAGCCUGCUGUACUCGGGUGGCAAUCUGCAUCUUUUACAACGGAGGGACAACGAUAAAGGCGGCGUUAUUUCACUUUCCCGCCUGACAGAGGAACUGAAGGAAAUCGAGUCCGUCCUUAGCACUUGGUCGCAAAAGGACGUUUUCUUUUCCAACCUGUCAAUACCCACGGCGGGUCUGGUGGCAGUUUUGUCAAACGCAUCGGUCAGUGAUGGCACGUGGAACGACGAGUACCUUUGUCUGAAUGCAACGGUGACGAACGCGACGAAGGUCGAAGAUGGAUUUCAAUUGACGGAGCCUGACUCCGGGGUAAUGUGGCCCGCGAACACUCGGGGUGAUAAUGUGCGUCAUGUGUUUUUGAGCCACAACCUCACACUUGUGGCGUCGGUGACCAUCGAAGUGGCUCCGAGUAAUAACACUCCUCUACUGGGUGCGACGUUGGGGGACGCUAAUUCCCCGCUUACCAUGGGAAUCUUGUAUACCGCGGAUAAAAAGUGGGUGACGAUGUUCAACGACAAGACAACAGAAAGUGGCACUUGGGAGUCGGGGAAAGAAUACCAAGUGGCACUCAUGCUGCAAGGCAACAAGGCCUCUGUGUACAUUGAUGGCCAGUCGCUGGGAGAAGAGGAAACGUUGUUAACAGCUGAGAGACCACUUGAGCUCGCAGUCUUUUGCUUUGGCGCGUGCGAAAUUCACAACUCUCCUGUGACGGUGAAGAACGUCUUUCUGUACAACCGCCCACUGAAUUCCACUGAGAUGACUGCAAUCAAGGACAGGAAACCCGUUUGGACGAGAGCUCCGGAACCACAAGCGGGAGAUGUUCCUCAAACCAUCGCAUCUGCUGUGUCUGGCCCAGAGAAAAAUUCCGCAGCUCCAGCGGUGCCCAUGACAUUGAACCCCCAUGCAGUUAAAGAAGUGAGUGAGGGUGGAGCGGCAAAGAAGAAUACCUCUUGGACUGAGGGCGUACAAUUCGUUGUGCAAGAGGUGAGCUUGAAUUCUGCUGGGAGCGGACUGCUGCCAUCGUUGCUUCUGCUUCUGCUGGGGCUGUGGGGCUUUGCGGCUGCGUGA